UCUACCACCACGAUGCCACCACAAGCUACGACCUCGCUGAAGCCACAAACCGACCGAAGCCCAGCACAUGCACGCUCGCCCGAGCGCGGAGUAGUAUCGAGUGCUCAAGGGGCCACUUCUCACUCGAAUCCCUCUUCCGAAUGCACAUCCGAACGUCGCUCUCCCCGUCCUCCCGCACUCCCGUUCGAAGUUUGGUCGAUGAUUUUCGAGAUGCACAACGCCCAUUGUCGCGCGUCACCAUCCGCCAGCGAAGAGAGCAAGACCCGACGCGUUAUGAUGGCACACUACCCCCUCAUGGCCGUGUCUCGCACAUGGAAAGACGUUGUCAUGUCGACGACCAGCCUCUGGGCGUGGAUCAUGAUAGAGAUGGGUUGGAACCGACGGAACGACGCGGCUCAGGCUGUGGUAGAGACCGUUGUCAGCCGCCAUUUGCAGCGCUCGAAGUUGCACCCACUGCACAUCUUUCUGUCCAAUCGCGGCAAAUAUGUGGAAUCCAAGCAGUCCAGCCUCAUCCACCGCAUCUUCCGCGAAGCCCAUCGCUUCCAAACGCUCGAUCUGACCAAUGUAUCGACCAUUUGGCUGAAAGACUUCCGCGUCCCUCAGCUGGAGUUCUUGGCGUUAAGAGAGACAGGUGAUAACUUGAAGCUUAGAACUUAUACAAGAUCCAGGGUCUUCUGGAAUGCUAUCGAACUGGCCCCGCUACGGCGUUUUUCUGUGCAAUGCAUCUACCACGACAGUCUGCUCAUUAUCAGACACACACUGGGCUCGCUCGACGACCGCGGCCAUCGCCACAUAUAUCUGGACGUGUUGGAAGCUCCCGACUCGCCUAUAUUAGAGGCAGAACUGGUACCCAAAUUCGUCAAGCUGAGCGACUUGCUGGUGUUUGGCAACACACAGCCGCACUCGCUGACCCUCCACGGCAAACACCGAGCAGUGCUCCGAAUCAUUUCGCGGUUCAAUUCUACAAAGCUCGAACAGCUUGUUCUGAAAGACUCCGCCCCUAGCUCCUGGAUGGGCCACCUCGAGUCCUGGGGUCGCGCGGCGCUGAUAGACAUUCACAAAUACUCUCAUCUUCAGCGGCUUUCACUAGAAAACAUCAAUUUUUCUGGCGACUGGCAAGGUAACACUUUGGCUGUGCUGUUACGCCCCUUGGCGCAGUUACAGCGGCUCGACGUCUCCGACUACUUCGCCUUCACGCAUCCAGGCUCGUUCGAAGCCUGCCGCUUCCCGCUUACUGGACUGCUCCUCGGGGCGGAGGACGAUAACAGGCAGGGUGUGGUCCCUAUGGGCCCUCGUGUGCCAUUCCUACCCGCACUGGACACCCUCACGUACCGCGUUGACUCGCGCAUUGGCCCGCACCAUGCGGCGACGUUCCCGCCCGACUUGGCGGCGGCCUUUCUGCGCGAUGCGACGACGACGGUGCUGAAGUCGAUCGCGGCCCUCGUCGAAGGGUGGAAGCGCCUCCGGACGGAAGCUGAUGCUCCAGUUUUGGGAGAUUUGAUAAAGCAACGGGAGGUGAUGCCUGGUUGGACGACCUUUGUGAUCACGGGGCUUGAGGCGGUCGAUUUUGGGGAAUCGCACUUUCCGUGGUUCGGCGAAAAGCUAGAUGAAUGGAGGGGCGGUGUCGUGGAGGUUCGAUUCGAAUAG